UGGAUUCCGACUAUACACUUGUCCUUCAUGUAACUGGACACGACCACCGGCCCACAGCACCACCCCCAAGUUUCACAAAACCAGCAGCUGAGUUAUCAAGCUAAAUCCAUCACCAGUGGAUGAAAUUUGGCCUUGCAGAGGAUCAAUCUCUCACUUCAAGAGACCCCUCUCUUGGGUCUUGAUCAGAGCCUCAGUUCGCUCGAGGGCAAGUUGUGCUUAUUAAGAUUUCAAAACCAUGUAUCCAGGAGCUUAUACUGCAGAAGUUACUUGCCUGUCUCCUAAAGCAACAGAGAAGGAUGUUUAUGAUUUUUUCAUUCACUGUGGGAUGAUUGAGCACCUUGAAAUUAUCAGGUCAGGCGAAUGUGCUUGUACUGCCUAUGUGACAUUUAGAGAUUUCUAUGCUCUCGAAACUGCUAUCUUGCUCAGUGGAGCCACAAUUGUAGAUCAACGAGUGUGCAUAUCAGGCUGGGGAAUAUACGCAGAUGAAUCUGAUCCUUGGAGUAAUUCUUCCUGGAACUAUGAAAUUAACUCUAUGGUAUGCAUUGAUUUUCUACCAAAAAUUAUAUACCCCAGUACAAUCUCAUAUAGCUUUGGCUGCUCAAUUUUGUGUAAACCAUUUUCCUAGGAAAGGCAAAACUUUUACUUUCUGGCUGUGCACAUCAUAUUGGAGACAAAUUCAGGAUUUGACAAUCAUUUUUCAUCAGAUAUUUUACUGCAAAUACAAAACAUAUAUGUAAUUGUGAGAGUGAUGAUGCAUAUUUUGUAAGAAAGUCAGGGCAAAGUAAGAACAAAUAUCUUAACAUUUUUCAGAAAUAAUUUGAGAAUUCUUUACUA